UAUGCUUACUCCUAGAUAAUUCGCGGACAACUGCGGUGCUGUCGGUUAGGCCUUAGAAUAAAAUAAAACCUGAGCCCCACAUGUAGAUCGUAUUGUAUUACAUAAAGACCGUUUAGGCCUGAUAAUAUUAGUACACAAUGGGAAAGGAGGAAGGGGGAUGUAGGUUUUACGUGGCAGGCAUAACCUGCAUAAUUACUAGUAGAGACAUCGAAGAAAAACAGAAGUUACACCGGAGAUGCAGGUUUCCCUUACGACGUAGCCUACAAACUGUUACACGUAGUUAUAAAGCUUGCUAAUAGUCCCGAUGAUCGAAAAAGUCUAAUGCCAUCGCAUAUGAGAGAGGGAGGGGAGAGCUGCUGAGCAAAUGAGAUAAGAGGUCGGCUGGUAUGGCUAGGGUAGCAAAGCGGAGGCAGUUUUUAGCUGUUUAACACGAGCAAGCCCAUAGCAGCAAGGCAGAAACAACAACAAUAGCAUGGUAAAUGUUAAACGGGGCAGACAGUUGACCACUGGUAUUAGCGCACUUCUGCGUAUUUAACGCUGGAUUUCAUUUUUUCGGAACGAAUUGGGUAAUUCACCGUCCGCGAUGGGGAAGGAGGUGAACGGAGUGUCGCGGAGCCGGUUUGAGAUGUUCUCCAACAAUGAUGAGGCUGUCAUCAACAAGAAACUACCCAAAGAGCUGCUGUUGAGAAUCUUCUCAUUUUUGGACGUGGUGACGUUGUGUCGCUGUGCCCAGGUCUCAAGGUCCUGGAACGUUUUGGCUCUGGAUGGCAGUAACUGGCAGAGGAUCGACCUUUUUGACUUCCAGAGGGACAUUGAGGGCCGUGUGGUGGAGAACAUCUCUAAGCGCUGUGGAGGGUUCCUUAGGAAGCUCAGCCUGCGGGGCUGUCUGGGCGUUGGGGACAGCGCACUCAGGACCUUCUCCCAGAACUGCCGGAACAUCGAGCUCCUCAGCCUGAACGGCUGCACCAAGAUCACGGACACGACGUGCACCAGCCUGAGCAAGUUCUGCCCCAAGCUGAAGCACCUGGACCUGGCCUCCUGCACCUCCAUCACCAACCUGUCCCUCAAAGCGCUCAGUGAGGGGUGCCCCCUGCUGGAGCAGCUGAACAUCUCCUGGUGUGACCAGGUAACCAAGGACGGAAUACAGGCUCUGGUGCGCUGUUGCCCCGGCCUCAAGGGCCUCUUCCUGAAGGGCUGCACGCAGCUGGAAGAUGAAGCUUUGAAGUACAUAGGGGCGCACUGUCCCGAGCUGGUCACUCUCAAUCUCCAGACGUGCUCGCAGAUCACAGACGAGGGGCUGAUCACGAUCUGCCGCGCUUGCCACCGGCUGCAGUCGCUAUGCGUGUCCGGCUGUGCCAACAUCACAGAUGCCAUCCUCAACACGCUGGGCCAGAACUGCCCGCGCCUCAGAAUACUUGAGGUGGCUCGCUGUUCCCAGCUAACAGAUGUGGGCUUCACCACGUUAGCCCGGAACUGCCAUGAGCUGGAGAAGAUGGACUUGGAGGAGUGUGUCCAGAUCACAGACAGCACGCUCAUCCAGCUGUCCGUCCACUGCCCGAGGCUACAGGUCCUGAGCCUGUCCCACUGCGAGCUGAUCACGGACGACGGGAUCCGGCACCUGGGCAGCGGCCCCUGCGCCCACGACCGGCUGGAGGUCGUGGAGCUGGACAACUGCCCGCUCAUCACCGACGCCUCGCUGGAGCACCUGAAGACCUGCCACAGCCUGGACCGCAUCGAGCUCUACGACUGCCAGCAGAUCACCCGCGCCGGCAUCAAGAGGCUGCGGACGCACCUGCCCAAUAUCAAAGUGCACGCCUACUUCGCACCCGUCACUCCGCCCCCCUCCGUGGGAGGAAGUCGUCCCAGGUUCUGUCGCUGCUGUAUCCUGCUAUGAUGUUGAAGGCACUGCCCCCCCCCUCCCCCCCU